AUGGAAAGAGGAGGUGAGCCAAUCCCGGCUCCUUCGCAUGUACACCUGGGUGAAGCGCAAGACCUCUGGCUCCUGCCCAAGAGAUAUUGCCGCUACAAAGACGAGGAGAUGUUGAAGCCCGGGGUUUCCAGUGGCUUCAUGGCCUCCUCUGCUGCCGUCUUGGCCACGAACGUGCCCACGCUGGUGGCUGAGUGCAGCGGCAGCAUCGCAUCGUUGACUUGCAUCAACCAAAUGGCCGAAGCCUCCUCCGUGAUGGGCUUCAUUGGUCGUGCCAUCUCCAAGGCAAAAGAACUGGCCAAGGAGGGGAAGAUCAAGGAAUGCAAGGAGGUCUUGCCGGACAGCCUGGCUAGUGGCCUUGGUGACAGUGUCGCUCAAUAUAUCGGCUUCCUGCAUCAGUUGGGCGGAAUAGACGCCACCCUGCUGGAAGAGAAGGAGGUGGGCGCGUCUAAAGCGAAGAAGCAGGAGAAGGCAACCAAGGAGGUCCUGCAGCGCAAGACCUUCGCACAGAUCUGCGAGGCACCGCUGACGGACGCGGACGCGAAGCUGGCGCAAUCGCUGAGUGAGGAGGACCUGAAGAAGGUGGUGGAGAAGGUCCGGCGACUCGUCUGUUGCCUUGUGCGCUCCACUGCCUCGUUGUGGGCGACCGCAGAGUAA